AUGAUAAUACCAAUAAUACUGCCCAAUGGUAAUAACAAAGUUACUACAAUAACCACAACAAUAUCAACAUCUAACCCUUCAUCAUCCUCCUCAACCCCACCUCAUAAUAAUAACAAUCAAUUACCAAUCCAAUUUUUAAAUAAUAACAAUGGUAAUUUCAAUAUUUUAAAUAGCUCUUAUAACACUUUAACUAGCUCAAAUACAAAUACAAAUACAAAUACAAACACAUACACAUACACAUACACAAGCACAAAUGCAGAUGCAAAUGUAAAUGUAAAUACAAAUACAAAUGCAAAUAUAAACACAAACACAAACACAACUACAAAUCCAAAUUCAAAUCCCAAUCACAAUUACAACCACAACACCAACACCAAUACAAAUCCCAAUCAAAACCUAAGCUCCAAUUUAACAACUAAUGGAAUCAAUAGUAUAUUGAAUAAUAAUUUGGGUACUGCACCUAUUUGGCCAUUUCCAUUUUCAUAUUUUCCCAAUUUCAGUGGGGCUCAAAACAAUAAUAAUAAUAAUAUGAGUAAUAAUAAUAAUAAUAAUAUGAAUAAUAGUAAUAAUAAUAAUAAUAAUAAUAAUAAUAAUAUAAACAACAAUAUAAAUAACAUAAAUAAUAAUAUAAAUAACCAUUGUAUUAAUAAUAAUAACAAUGGUAACCAAUAA